GUUAUUAAAAAACAUAAUUCCAGGAAGAGACAUGUGACACUUUGGUAUCACGCUUUUUAACCACCGAUGUGUUCUUAUACGGAUGCCUCAAGUUGAGCACAUGGGUGAGACAGACUUAGAGAUAGUGACCGUGACCCCAUUUGUUCAUCAGGUCGGAGGUCACACAUGCGUACUGCAGGUCACCCCUUAUAUCGUCUGCAAGCCUUACCAAGAAAAUGAGGUUCUGUUUUAUAGGAAAUUACCAGAGGUUUUGCAAGGAUUUGUGCCUUUUUAUAGAGGGUUGAUCAAGAUCCACUGUGAGUAUAGUAAUGACAGUAUCAAGUUUUACGGAGAGGUUGCUAAAGGUUCCGUGAGACCCAUUCAUAACUCCUUAAAUGACGAUAUUAGGGAGGAAAUCUGUUUGAUCAAUGAAAGCGUCUCCGGGAGUGAAGCUGAUGAAAGCCUUCGUGCCUGGAGUGAUCAAUGCAUUCGUCGUCAGAUUGACAGGUACGGAUACUGGAGCGAGGGAAAAGCGCAGCAAUUCAUAAUGCUGGAGAACCUGGUGGCGCCUUACCGCUUCCCUUGUGUCAUGGAUCUCAAAAUGGGAACCAGUCAUAGGUCACCGGAAGCAUCAGAGGCAAAAAGGAGAAUGCUGGAAGAAAGAUGGCUGUCUUCAACUUCCGCCUCCCUCGGAUUCCGGAUGUGUGGAAUCCAAGUUUACAAAAACGACACCAAAAGUUAUGUGUCACAUGAUAAGUAUUUUGGACGUGGAUUGGACAAGAAUGGCGUCAGAGAUGAAAUGAAUAAUUUCUUCCAUGAUGGUUUGUCAUUAAGAAAAGACGUAAUAGCGUCCAUAGUAACCAAAUUACGUCAGAUGGUAGCGGCCUUAGAUACACAGGGUGCCUUCAAGCUUUUUUCCUGUUCACUUUUGAUUCUCUAUGAAGGUGAUAUUCCUCUUGCCAAUGACAAAGGUGUUCCGAGUGUGCCUUCGAUAGACGUCCAGUGCAAUACCGAUAUUCGACUGAUCGACUUCGCCAAUGCGAUAGAGACAUCAAGCUGUAAUAAGCAAGAUCUUUCUACCAAGGCAGGGAUUCGCUUUGGUAUUAAAAACCUAAUAACAUUAUUGGAAGAGCUCUUGUAAAACAA